AUGACGUCUCAAGACACGAUUCUUAUCACGGCUGGACCGUACCAGUUCCUGGCGGCCUUUGAGUCAGCCGCUCCCAAGACUGUGGCGGUGUUUCGCAAUCUGCUACCAUACCGGCAACAACUCAUUCACGUACGUUGGAGCGGCGAAGCUGUUUGGGUGCCGCUGGGUGAAGAGGACUUCGGCCUGGGAUUCGAAAACCACACCAGCCAUCCUGGAGCAGGCCAGAUUCUUUUAUACCCCGGAGGCUACUCUGAAACGGAACUGCUGUUCUGCUACGGCGGCGUGUCGUUUGCGAGCAAGAUGGGCUCCCUUUCUGCAAAUCAUUUCUUGACCAUCACUGAGGGUGCCGAGAACCUCAGAGCGUUGGGCGAGCUGGUUCUUUGGAAAGGAGCACAAGAUGUCUUGUUCGAGCUGGCAGAUGACGAGAGGUUCGUUCAAUAUUCAUCCCCAUGGAAAUUUGGGAGCUAA